CGCCAUCCAGUGGUCCCCGUCGUUUUGUUCUUGUACGUGAAGAGAUUUUGAAAAAUGUCAAGUUCAGACUCUGGUGUACUUGGUGUCGUUGUCCUCGCGCGUCAUGGGGACCGUCAAGGGUUCUAUCAAGACCCGCUCACAUAUACGGCGUCGCAGACGACUAUCACGCCGCUCGGAAAUGUCCAAGAAUUCUUGCUCGGCGAGACACUGCGGACGAUGUACAUGGAGAACAACUCCUCUCUCCUCAUUCAAGGCAUAAACACGGCAUUAUUCGACCAAGAGCAGGUCAAAGUUCGUGCAGAUGCAAGUGACGAAGGCGGAGUCAUUUUCGAUUCUGCGGUGUCUGUCGUCCAAGGUCUCUGGCCUCCGACGAACCUGUCGAGUACAACGUUGGCGAACGGGACCGUCGUUACUGCACCACUCAAUGGGUAUCAAUACGUUCCAAUUGAGAGCGUGGAAGCUGAUGAGGAUGUUUCGCUGGAGGGCUGGGUUUCAUGUGACCCGUUCAACGAUGCGACAGCGGCAUUUUACAAUUCGUCGCUCUUCAAGCAAGUUGCGAGUGAUAAUGCGGCAUUCCUUCAAUCAUUGCCUCCGUUCCUCGAUGGACGAAGUGUCUCGCUUGUCAACAUGUGGAAUAUAUUUGACUACAUGACUGUUCAAUCUGUCCACAACGCGACAUUCGCAAACAACUUGCCUGACGGAUUCCUAGAGCGUGCGCGUGCCCUUGCGAACUUCCACGAAUAUGGCGUGUUCAGCUCCCUGCAGAUCGAUGGAAUAGGAAACAUUGCUGGACGAGCAAUCUUACCAUCCAUCAUUGAGGGCAUGGAAAACGUUGCAAACUCAUCAGUCCCACUCAAACUUUAUUACGAGGCAAUCAGCUACAAACCUUUCUUGUCCCUGUUCAAUAUGACCGGUCUUGCGGAGACUUAUCCUCAGCUUGCAGGUGUCGUCAACUACGCUGCAUCAACCGUCUUCGAACUACGCGCAGGCAACACACCAAACGACCCAAUGAUCCGGUUCAAGUUCAAGAACGGCACAGACGACACCUUCAACACCUUCAACCUCUUCGGCCAAUCAGGCGACGUUCCACUCUCGCUCUUCAAAUCUAAACUCCAAUUUGCCGCGAUCAAUAGCACAGUGGAUUGGUGUACCGUAUGUAACAACAACGAGGAUCGUGGAUGCGUGGCACUUGCGACUGCUAGAGCAACGGGUGCAGCGAGUGAGCAUCAUAGGCUGACUCCUGCUGCAGCUGGUGCGGUGGGCGCCGCUGUGACCAUUGGAGCAUUUGUCGCUGCGCUUGGUAUUCUGGCGUUCCUUGGAUUGAUUUCGUUUGGAAGGAGGCCUAAGAGUGGGCACGGAACAAAUGGCUCGCAUUCAUCUACCGAGAAACUUGACUAUGAAAGGGAUCGACACUCCGCAUGAUUUUUUAAUAUUGGUGAUUUGUAAGGGUACUGAUGAUCUGUCUUUUUAUUUGUACGAUGUAUGCGUUAACGUUUGUAACGGCGAUGAGAUCUGCAAAUUUUUCGUUUUACUCAGGCCUACUCGUCUCGACUUUUCCGACUUCUCGCAUGCCCUUGGGAAUGCCAUACGCUAUUUCAGGUGCUUCUUACGUCACUUCGGUGCUUUUGAUAACUCUCUGUGCCUGCAGUUUUAUUGUUCAAGUAAUCUCAU